ACCGAAGCGCGCGGCCAAGAGGAGGAGGAGGGGAGUAAGAGCGAGGGUCUGCUGUGCGUCGGGGUAAUGACGGCUCGCCGGUACCUGGGCACGCGCGCCAAGGCCGUUUACGAGAGCUGGGGCGCCGAGGUGCCCGGGCGCAUUGGUUUUUAUUCCUCGGAGGGCUCCGUGCCCCCCGACAAUUGUCCCGGGCUGCCCCUCCUCGGGCUGCCUGGGGUCGACGAUAGCUACCCACCCCAGAAAAAGUCCUUCCUCAUGCUCGAGCACAUGUGGACCAGGUACGGCGAGCGCUACGAGUGGUUCCUCAGGGCAGACGACGAUCUCUACGUCCGCAUGGAUCGGCUCGAGAGGCUGCUCAGAAGCGUCGACUCGCGCCGGGCGCAUUACAUCGGACAGGCCGGACGGGGCAGUUCGGAGGAGCGCGGCCGGCUCGCCCUCGAUUACGACGAGAACUUUUGCAUGGGUGGACCUGGGGUGAUCAUGUCCCGCGAGACCCUGAGGCGUAUCGUGCCCCACAUCAAGACCUGCCUGGGGAACCUCUACACCGGCCACGAGGACGUCGAGCUUGGCCGCUGCGUCCGCAAAUACGCCGGCAUACCCUGCACCUGGAACUACGAGAUGCAAACGAUUUUUUACCACAACAGCAGCGGCGAGCUGGCCUUCACCGGCAAACUCAAGAGCAAAGAGGUCCACCAGGCCAUCACCAUGCACCCGGUCAAGAAGCCACCCCACAUGUAUCGCCUGCACAACUACAUGAGGACUCUUAAAAUCCAGGAACUACAGCACAAGAGGCUAGAGCUACAACGAGACAUCGAAAGGAUGGACCGGUUUCUGCAAUCGGAGUCCGGAUCGGCAAAAGGAGUCAGUGACGAGAAAAAGGAGAGCGAUCGGCAGAGUUACGGCUCGUCGCACUGGGACUUUAUUUCGCGUUCCGAGUUCCGUGUGUCGGACGCUAAUCCACGCCGGCGGAUCCACGGGGAUGUGCGCGAGGGCUUGGACGACAUAAUACGCGAGGUGAUGACGCAAAUAAACUCGUGCUCGCGCCAGCGUGGCCGUUACGUCGAGGAGCGGCAAGCCCUUUACGCCUAUCGGAGCCGCAACAGCCGCGGUAUCAACACCGUGCUCGACCUGUUGCUCGUUUACAAAAAGUACCGGGGCAGGAAGGUCACACUCCCGGUCAGGCGACACCUGCACCUUCACCAACCUUUCACCGGUGUCGAGAGCCGAGUGCUCCCCACGGAGGACGCGGACGAGCAAGUAAUACACUUUUUGGUGCCGGUCUCGGGCCGUCGGCGAGCUCUCGAGAGGUUCCUCGGCAAUUACGAGCGGGUCUGUCUGCGGUCGUCCGAACAAUCGGCCCAAUUGCACAUCGUUCUGUACGAUGGUCAGAAAGAAGAGCAGGAUAAUGAGGUCGACGGGGUGAGCUCGCGAGAGCUGAUCGAACGGCUCAGGUCCAAGUACGCAGACGCUAGGAUACACGUGAUCGAGGCCAGCGGUAGGUUCUCGCGAGCCAGAGCUCUCGAUCGGGCGGCAACUGAACUUCAGGCCGACGACCUCAUGUUCUUCGUCGACGUGGACAUCAGCUUCACGGACGCGAGCCUCAAGCGCAUUCGGCGCAACGCUCGGCCGGGCACGCUUUACUUCCCCGUGGUCUUCAGCCAGUACGAUCCCAAGAUGGUGAUGCGCUCGUCCCUGCACUCCGGGGACAUGGAGCAAAUCAACGAGAUAACCGGCUUUUGGCGGCAAUUCGGCUUUGGCAUUGCUGCCCUCUACAAGGCCGAUUACGAGGCCAUCGGCAAAUUCGACCUGACGAUCGAGGGCUGGGGAAAGGAGGAUGUCGACCUGUAUCAAAAGGCUGUGCGCUCGGACCUGGAGAUAUUCCGGGCCCCGGACGUGGGUCUCGUGCACGUCCACCACGAAAUCAAGUGCGACUCUUCGCUCAGCCAGCAUCAGCACGCCAUGUGCCUGGGUACGAGGGCCGACACGUACGCGAGCACUCAACAGCUGGCCAGCUUGAUCUACGAGAAUCCCCAGAUUCUGAACUUUGCCAAAGCGAAGGUGGCCGCAACGUACAAUACGUCUAGCUUACCAGCACCACCGGCAGCUUGAAUUUCUGUUACUGCUGGUAAUUGAUCACCUGGCAUCAACGCGAGAUAAACUAUACGUGUCUCGUAAAUUGCGUCAGUGUGCCCGCCAGUAUGAAAAUUGUUUACACGUGCGAGCUCGAAGUGAAUCAACAAAAUUUUGCAUCGUCUGACUCGAAUUGAUGUGCUAGAGAGUUUGCUUGUAGGAUUAUAAUGAUGAUCGUCAUCAAGUAUUACAAUUUUAGUUUUAAGUUAAUGUGGAAACUAUGACUGGUAAAAAAAAUUAAUUAACGCUCGUAUUUUUUAACUAGAAAAUAAGCUAUACUUAGUUUGGGAGUGAACAUCUCAAUUGCUGUACUUGUGAUCGCUAAUUUCACGGAACGUCACUAUGAUAGUUUUAUACAAUGUAAAUCAACGACGCGUAUUUAUUGAUAUUGCAUAAUGUGAUAUUACCAGUGCCUUUAUGUGUAGUUAAAAAAUAAAAGACUCGAGGAAAAAAAAAAAAAAAAAACUGCAUAGGUAGUUGUACAAUCUAAUUAAGGUAUUUUUUAUACACACGUAAUCUAAUAAAAUUCCAGAUGUA